GCCAGGUGAGGAGGAGACACAGGAGUGUCCCUCUCCUCUCUCCCCCCACCCCCCCUCCUCUCCCUCUCUGUGUGACGUGGUGUGUGUGUGUGUGGUGUGUCAGUGUGUGUUUGCUGUGUGUGUGGGAGAGAGAGCGAAACAGGUCGGCUUUCCUUCGGCAGACUGUGAACCUGCACAGGAGGAAGCAGCCCUCUCCAGACUGAGAUUUUUCCAGUUGAAGGUCACAUCGGAGAGUCUACAAGAUAAAAGUUACUCUAUCUUCAAGGAACUGAAACCUCCUGAGAUCGUCUGCAGAGCUCUAGGCUAAAGUCUACGGGGUCAGGGCCUGUUCAGCUCCAGUUGCCAUGGCAGACACCACCGCCUGAGCUUCUCGGUGACACCCUACGACAGGGGAGGAUGGGUGAUGGGCCCGUGAAAUUCAGCGGACUCUCUCCUCCUUAUCCCAUCCUCUCAUGGAGCGCCCUGUCACACCGAGCCCCUCCUGGAACACUUCUCUCUCCAGCGUCUCCUCAUUCCCACUCUCACUGCACUCGAAUGCCUCCAACGUGACCUCGCCGAUCACAAGCAUCCGAGGCGGGAUCAAUCUGAACCAGUCCUUAGCGCUGUGUGCUAUGCUCAUCAUGGACAUGCUGGCAGUGGUGGGGAACUUGGCCGUGAUGAUUGUCAUCACCAAAACGCCGCAGCUGCGUAAGUUUGCCUUCGUGUUCCACCUCUGUCUGGUGGACCUGCUAGCAGCGCUGGUGUUGAUGCCUCUGGGGAUGCUGUCAGACCGAUUCCUGGUGGAUGAGGCGCUGUGUCGGAGCUACCUCUGCUUGAGUGUGUGUCUAGUGAGUGCUGCCAUCCUCACCAUAUGUGCCAUCAACGUGGAACGCUACUACUACAUCAUCCAUCCCAUGCGCCAUGAGGUGAAGAUGACAGUGGGCGUGGUGGUGAUGGUACUGGUGGGAGUCUGGAUUAAAGCUGUUGUCAUGUCAGUGCUGCCUCUACUGGGAUGGCUGCUCCAGGGGAACCAGACUCUGGGGACUCCGUCAGUCCUCACUCCCGGUCAGAGACACUGCUCCCUUCAUUGGACGGGAGGCUGGACCACACGUCUGCUUUUCAUGGUCUUCUUUACAUUCAUAUAUUUUCUGUGCCCCAUGUUGAUCAUUCUGGUGGUCUAUUGCAAUAUGUUCAAGGUGGCCCGAGUAGCAGCCAUGCAGCACGGCCCCCUUCCCACUUGGAUGGACACGCCGCGACAGCGGUCUGAGUCCAUCAGCAGCCACUCCACCAUGGCAGCCAGCCUCGGAGGAACUGGUGCCCGCACCACCCCUCAGAGGACCUUCAGCGGCGGGAAGGCCGCAGUAGUCCUGGUGGCAGUCGGAGGCCAAUUCCUCUGCUGCUGGCUGCCAUAUUUCUCUUUCCAUCUCUACUCAGCUGUGGUGUCUACCUCUCCUGCCUCGCUGGCCCAGCUGGAGGACGUGGUCACAUGGAUUGGCUAUUUCUGCUUCACCUCCAACCCCUUCUUCUACGGCUGCCUGAACCGGCAGAUUCGUGAGGAGUUGGGUCGCCACCUGACCUGCCUCUUCAAGCGGGCUGGGCCCGGCGAAGGGGAGCAGCUGCCCAGCCGUGAGGCCUCAAUUGAGGAGAACUUUUUGCAGUUCCUUCAGGGCACUGGGUGCAAUCUGGAUCCCUGCAACUCUCACAGCAGAGCGAGCCCAGAGGAGCCAGAAACUGAAGGCCUUCAGGAAUCAGCUGUUCAGCAGAACACGCCAGCUGACUUCCACAUCCCGGGGCAGAUCCUUGAGGAAACCUCAGAGUUCAUACAGCGGCAACAGCUGAACAAUGAGCUACAUGUAUCAGAGAACUGCUGCAAAACUGUACCAGAGCUGUAGCCGCCUCUCAUGUACUGUCUCUUUUUGCCAUCUAAUAAUCCAAGUAAUAUAUUAGUUUUAUUCAUAUUUUCUAAAAUUAGUUGAAUUAAUACAUUCCUUGUUCAUGCUACAACAGUGCUUUUAAGCUAAAAAUCCAGUGAACUGCAAAACAUGGUAUUUGAAGAAUUUAAGUUAUGUAGCUUUUCAGAAAAAGAGCAGAUUAUAUGGUGUGCAUCAUCUCAUUCAUAUCCCCAGCAGUCAUGAUGCUGCAGCGUUACAUGUUUUGAGAGCCAUACAGUGUCAGGUUGUUUUCUGUGUGAUGUCAGCAGAUGGACGCUUAACCGUUGUUGUGAAGUGACAAAAAUCACAUAAACAUAAAGAUGUGCUGAACCUUUAUGUGGAAUACAGUUUUCACAGAUUAUGAAAAACUAUGAGCCAUCAUAAAUAAUCGAAACUGAAGAAGACAUAUUCUCCAUCGGAUAUAAGGAGAUAAUUUUCAGAACAUAUUUUACUUUCAUCUGCAUUUUCCUUCCCUGGAUUCAGGUUUUGGGAAAAAUGUUCCCUCAUUUUUUGUUAUUUAAGACUUGAAGAAGCCCCUCGACAAUCAGUUGUUCAAACUGACUCUAUGGCCAGACAGAUGUUUCAUUAGUUCAUCACCACCGAAGUGUUAUUAGCAUGUAGAACUGCCUGCUGGAAGAAAAACUUGAGGAGGCGGCAAAAGUAAAGCCUGUCAGUUACUGUAGCCGUAUCAAAGUGUAUUUAUUCCACUCACACCUCCUCAUGCAACCAAGAAAUUAAUGCAAAAAUGUUAUUUUCUUCAGUAAGAAGGAAUUCAUUUUCACAGCCAUUAAAAAAAAAUCUCUCCGUUUGAAAUAUUCAUUGUGUUGAAUAGGAUCGUUUCACAGCUGGUGCCGCUGGUGGUAUUUAUAAUAAACAGGCUGACACACCAGUGUAUUUUUAACCAUUUUCCAGGAACAUUAUUAUCAUGUUUAUCUGUUCUUAGUCUUGUGAUUAUCACCUCCUCACCAAAAUCAUCUCACACUGGUAGACUCGUGAUUUCACCCCCUUCUGCUCAAAGACAAACAUUGUGACUGGUUUAAUUGUAUGACAGUGAUGGUGUUAAGGAUUAAGCUUUGUAAAAACAUCGGCUACAGCACAUUAAAACUGUCAGUUUUGUUGGAAUAAGGCUCUAUAUGGAUAGAUUUAGACUUUGCAAGCAGUCCCCAUUAUCCUGUGAUGUCUGUGCUGCUUACAGGUAAACACGGGAGCGGUGCGAGUGCUCUUGUGUUUGUGCUAUAAACAACCAGGCUUGUUGUGGCUACACAGCGCACAGGUGUGACAAUGCUUACACAUGGCAAGCUUUGCCUUUGGCCUCAUUUAGCAGACAAAUGGAAGACACUGGCGAUACUUUCUCUGAUCUCAGGUGGAAUACAAACAGUUUGCACAAGUCACACAAACAGUGACAAAUGUUCCAAAGAAAAUUACAAGGCACAAAUCUCUUACUAAACAUUUUUUUUGUCUCUUUUUAUACUCGCUCUCUCUUGCUGCCUUCAUCUAUUUUGGACUGCCUCAUACCGGACUGUUGGCAUGAUCACAAGACACUCAACACAAGGCGCACGGGGGAAGAUUCAUAUUUUGCUGGGAGUCAGAACAAAAAAAGGUCCCUUUGUCAAGGGGAGACAUAAUGUUCUUCAUUUUCUUGUAAAGUGACGUUGUUGCUGGCUGUUUUUUCAGAUGGAGUCGUCAUGUCGUCUUGUUUUAAAAUUUGUGUCUUUUGCAUCAAAAGAUGGUGCAGUAAGGCAGGGCCCCAAAUAAAACCAAGAACAACAGUGAGCACAAGACAAAAUCACUGCCAUGAUCCUCAAUGUUGUACAAUUUGUACAUAUUUAUAAUUUGUUACUAGCAGUAGUGUGAAAACUACAAAAUACAGUAUCAUAUGAUUCAUUAUUUUACAAUUUUAUGUGACAAAAUAACAUAAAACUGCCUUGAUUUAUUACACUAGCGUACAGGAACAAGAUAAUCUGAGAUCUUCCUCGUGGAGCCCAAUUGAUCAUUUCCUCUUUGUGGUACAACGUUGUAAUAAAUUCAGUGAUAUUUCACACAGUUUGGGGUCAUUACAAAGCCCCUUAUUUUCAGAGUGCAUCAAUCUACCAUUCAAUCAGCUGGAUUUCUGUUACCGUAGCAGCAAAAUUGCCCCGACCAAUCUGAUUAAAUGCUUCAGGCUCUAUUUCUGCCACCAUCUGUUGAUUACGAGGAAGACGAAAUAAGCUGUUCUGAAGGUGAAUGUCAGAUUAUAUUCCCCGGACAUUUGUUCACUACAGUUUUUUGUUCAUUGUAAAUCAUCAAUACAAGUCAAUAUUCUCAUUUUCCUCUCUGUAUCUCUUUUGUUCUUGAGCUGAAAAGACUGUUUGGAUUGUUUUUUUUCCCCUUGUUAAGA